GGUAACGAUGCAGCGGGCGGGGGAACGGCCGCCGGGUCGCCGCGGGGCUCGCCCCGCCUCACGGCCGCCGCCCCCCCCGCCCCCGCUCUCAGCCCCCGGCGGCCGGCACGGGGAGCCGCCCGCGGCGCAUGCGCGGCGGCGUCGCCUGCUCCGCCGGGCGGGCAGCGGAGAGGCGGGGGGCAGCGCGGCGGCCGGUACUGCUGCUCGCAUACCGGCGGAGCCUCGCCUCGGGCGAACGCGACUUGAUAUUUGCAAGUUCCCUGCCUUGACAGUAAUCAUCAUGGAUAGUGUGUUCUUACCGGAGGACAAAGCCAAUUCUGUGUUAAAAAGAUACCCGAGAGCCAACACAUUUCUGGAAGAAUUAAAGCAAGGUGACAUAGAACACGAAUGUAGAGAAGAAAUAUGUAGCUAUGAAGAAGCAAGAGAAGCGUUUGAAAAUGAGGAAAAAACGAAGGAGUUCUGGAAAGUCUACAAAAAUGGACUUCAGGGAGAAAGUAACACAGGACAUACCUGGUAUUCAUUUUACCUUGCAUUUCCAUUAAUCAUUGGCCUUUUUGUUAUCCUCAUUGUCAUUUUUGUCAUAUGGAGAUGCCUCUUUAAAAAGAAAAUGCGUAGACAGUCGGUGUACGUGCAUAGGGGAGCCCACGAAGCGAUGGGUGAUGGUGCUGUGGCUGACAGCAGAGGUCCGCUUCCGCCGCCUCUCAGCAUUGUUCAUUCCCCACAGGAGGAAAUGUAUGAAGUCAGUGGGCUCUCUCCGGGAGGUCUGAGCUAUAUGGACGGACGGUCAGACUCAAUAUCCACAAGGCUCUCAAACUGUGAUCCUCCUCCUUCAUAUGAGGAAGCCACUGGUGAAAUCAGUAUGAGAAGUGAAACUGAACAACAUUUAGAUCCACCCCCACAAUACGAAGACAUUGUGAACUUCAGUUCAGCUGGUGCAAUUGCACUAUCUCCUGUUGUCACCAGUACUAAGUAAAGCAAGAAGAAUCAUAUGGACUUUUUAAAAAUCACUAAUCAUUUUGUAGCACUUUAUCUUGGCUUAUUAUGCAUUUCUGUAAUUUAAUGGACUUGUACAAUGAACUUCACUUUUGUUUUAGAUUCACUUGUUCUUUGGGUUUGGGAUCUUUUCCCCCUACUUAGUCUUAAAAGAUAACGAAUCAGUAUUGAGAGCAUAGUGCAGAUACACAUGUGCUCUGUCAUACUUCUCAAAAGUACCUCUGCUUUGAGGGAUACCACUUGUUUUAUUUCGAACUUUGUCCACAUUCCCCACAAGAUUUGUAGAAUCCCCCUCCCUUUUCUUACUGCAGACUUUCAGAAUUGCCUGAAAUAGGGAGUCCUUAAGCAAAAUUUGAGAUAGUUAUUUACACUAAAAGGGACCAAUUUUGCAGUAUUGUCUCUUGUCUGGUUGGUUCCUUCUUCUCACUCAGAUUUUUGUUACAUGCUGCACCCUAACCCAGGCCCUUGGAGGGCUGAGAGCAGUAUGCCUUUGUGUUCAACCCAGUAUCUCGUUAAGAGCAUGCUGGUGUAAUAGCAAUAAUUUCAGAGUCCUAGCAGAAGAGGUGUGUUCUAAAGCUUUUGCUAUUACAACUUAAAAUUCUGUAAAUGUUUAGAAGUUAACAAUUCAAGAUACUAAUUAGUGAAUUUAAUAGUGUACUUUUUUGUCUGUGUUCUGCCUUUCCUCUGUUUUUUCCUAUCGUGUUCUUACUUGUGUGUUCUGGAGGUGAGAAGUGUACAUACAUUAACUUUAGAACCUGAAGAUUCAUGCAACAGUAAAUAAUGAAAUACUGAAAUACUCAAGAGUGGAUAAAAUCCUGAUUAUAGUCUUCCUACCAUAGUCUUCACUGGGAUCAGGAUAUUAUCCAUGAACACAUAAACCCAAAGGUGUUACUUCCCUUUUUUCCCCUUUUAAAAAGGAAAAGCAUUCAGUGUGUGAGACUUUUUUUUUCCAACUCUGAAAUAAAAUCCCUUCCUCAAAUCCUCAGACUCUUUUGCUUCUUGCAUACUUGCACGUACUGUGUGUACACCUUGUAUUAUUGGUGGCUAUGGAAUUCCUUUGCAGAGAAUAUAGAUACCUUUUUCAACAACAAACAUAUUUACUGCUUACCCAUUCCAACAAGGUGCUUCUGUUGCAAAAGUUAACAAUAUGUUGUAAUGAAAUAAAGCUACUUACAUUUUUCAUUGUUUCUGAGAACAGCGUAGUGCUUUUAUCCAUGAUAAUUCUUAGAGCGCACUCUGUUCUCGGUGUACACAGCCUUGUUUUCACAGCUCUUAGGUUACAGGUGCUCAUCAGAGUAAGAGGGGCUGGGAAGCAUGUUAGUCCAGGCUGGCUCCAGAAGAUGUGGCCAGGCUGGCUCUGCUCUCUCCAGCUGCGAGUUGGGGCCCCCCUAACGUAGGGCAGAGCCAUGAGGACCCACCCUGUUGUAUUGCUAAGAACACAAUGCAGGCAUAGCCCCAAGCAUUAGUCUGGAGUGACUUUGGGAUGCUGAAGAGGUGUGGAUUUCUGUCAGACUUGAUGCAAGUUAGAAUAGAGGCUUGUAUGGAAUUUCGACCACCUGGUUUAGAUGCUGAUGGUUAUGGUGGUGCAAGCUGUAGUGUGGCGAUCCUUUUUUCCCAGCUUGAUUUAGAAGUUCAUUGCUUGGUUUAGUUCUGAAUAUUCAUUUCAGUUUUCUUUCUUCCCAUACCAAGGUAGGGUGGCGUUAGCUUUAGUAUCAUUCUGUGUUCUACUAAGCAAUUAGUGUCAACUGAAAUGUAUUUAGACCUGCAGGGCUACUGUGUUAUGUCAGCUUUCUUAUCACAGAAACCCAAACUGUAUCUUGUUCCAGAGACCCCAAAUAAAAUGCCAGUGCCAUCCAUUUGAAAUUGCUGUUAAUGCCUGAGAUGUGUGCUGGUGUCUACCAUCUCAUGGGGGCUUGGCCCGUGUUUUCCCUAUGGCGUUUUACAGAAAGCAGCUGAAAAAAAAGUCCGGUCAUAGAUGGGUGCAUAUAUGCACACUUCUGUAAGAAUUUGAUAUAAUGUAUUGACAAAUGAAGUGAGGAUUUUAUUGUUAAUUUUAUGUUCUCAUUUUUGACAGAGAGUAGGUUGUCUAAGUUGUCUACUGGAGAUCUUCAGUUGCUAAGGGAAGUUCUAUUAGAGUUAUUAGAUGAACUCCAGGCCAAACUGUUGUCAGAAAGAUAACUCUUAUUUAUAUUAUAUAUAAUAGUUAUUGGUCAGAUAAGUACAGUAUGUUUUGAACACUUGUACUAAGAAUUGCCUGGGUCUUGUUUUUGGACUGUCUGACCUUUUCUUUGAAGUGCUUUUAGCUCUUGUGUGUCCUGAUUUGCCACUUCUAGAUGUUAAAGCUCCUUUUAUACUGAGCAACAUUAAUAUAUUGCUUUAGGCAGACAUUACCAAAACAAAGUGCCUCAUCUCAACAUGCGGGAACCACCUCAAAAAGAGCUGGUAUUUCACUGUCCAUGCCAUAUUGGCAUCUCCUGUGCCUGCCAGCACAGCUAGUAGUUUUAACAGUAACUUUUUUUGUUUGGAUAUAAGACAUUUUUGUAGGGAAUGCACAGAGAUCACCCAUUUUACAUUAGGUCAUUCAGCAGCUGCCAUCAUCCCCUGAACAUGGGCACCCUAGUUUAGAGAUGAGCUGGCUUUUUUUUCAAUUACUCUAUAUUCCACUAUCACUUCUAACGGCUUUAUGUUUCUGGCUUCUAAGUUGAAUGUGUUGCUGUAUCCUGUAGAUACUUUGAUGUGCAAUGCAAAAAUGAUGCUUGUCUUUCCAAAAAAGCCACAACCAAAUAUCUAAAACAAUCUGUGAGUUGAAUUUAUUGGGCUAUGCUUUUCCCAUGUACAUGAGCACGAAAGCCAUUGUGGGCUAUAAACUUAUGUCUCAGUGAAUAAAUUUCAUAAUUAAACAAAA